UUCCUUGGCAGUGGUGGUUGACUUGGCCCAUGCAAUUAUUGUCAUUCCCGCCUGCACUGAGUGCACUUCUAGAGUCCACUGUACGCUCUUUUGAAGACCCACGUUCGCUCUCCAGAAAGUCGUUUUCCAACAGGUUUUAUUAGAUCUUCAGAUACCCCCCUCAUCAGCGACCUCCCUGCGCUCCGCAACUCGACCGCAGAUGGCGAGGCUCAGCUUCCUACUCGUUCUCUACGUCUCCCUCAUUUUCUGUGCAACCGUUUACGCCAAUAUCAACGUGGUCGAAUCCCACCGCCGGUCCCAUGGCAGCCUUAGUCGCUUAAUCAAAAAAAGGUCAUCAGGAGGAGGAGGAGGAGGAGGCCUUGGCAAUGUCUUAGCAGAUGUCCAGUCGUCCUCUCAGGCUGCCUUGCCUUCGGCUGCUGGUGCUGCUUCUUCCAGCGACUCUACUGCGGCGACACCCACCACACCCGCCGCCGCUUCUGCGAGUUCUUCUUCGGCUUCUCCCGCGAGUGCCACCUCGUCUAGUGGAGGUCUUCUGGGUAGUGUUGUUGGUGGCAUAUUGCCAACCACGUCAAGUUCGGCUUCCUCAUCAACUGCAACUUCUGCUGCAAUUACAACCCCCACCACGUCGGGUACACCAACGACGCAGGUUGCAGCCGGGAGUGUUCCCACCUCACAACAAUCUGAGCAGCAACAGCAACAGUCACCUUCCGUCUACUACAUCACUUCCAGCGCUUCGUCAACACCUACCGAAUCAAGCACGCCCGAGUCGGCUUCAACCCUCUCUCAUACCGCUGUGACAGUCCUCAUUGUCAUCGCCGUUAGCAUCGGCGCUUCCAUUAUCGUCUGGACGAUCAUCCGCAAGUGGAAGUUCAAGCCUUCCUCCAACUUCGAAGACCGCAUGCAACCCAUCGACUGGCGGCCUGAUUGUGGCGAGGACAGUGGACUUCCAGGCACACGCCGUCCCCUCUCCAACGCAUCUUCCUUCCACUCAGGCUCCCACCAAUCCGCUGACGACCACAGCCAGACACACAGUGCCGGACAUAGCGCGGCUGCUCAUUCUUCUCUCCCCGAACAUGAUUUCACCCCCGGACCAGUUCAUUUCGCCCCUGUUGGCGGUUAUGCGGACCUUGCGCGCGGUCCUGCCCCUGGUUCCGAACCUGCCAUGCAAGAAGCUUUGGGCCGUGCACCGAGCCUCAAUCACCAGUAUCAAUAUGAUCAAUAUGGUGUCCCCCUUCACCAUGGGUACAACGCACCUAGCUACUAACGGGGCUGGCGAGAAGAAUACCUGCGACGGGUGACACUUGUACUUUCACGAGGUCGUCCCUGAUGCUCUUGGAUCCAUGUUAUCCUGUUCCAUUUAUACCAUAUUUUCCGUUUGCUUGCUGGACGAUGCAACCCUACCUUUUUUUUUUUCAUCCUUUUUUUCUUGAUCUUCUGAAGAUGCCGCAGGCAGAAUAGUACAUACAGAUAAUACGGUGGAUACUCUUGGAUACCCCCGUUCUGCAAUCAGAUUGCAUUGUAUCGUUGGUUUCCAUACGUUCUUCUGCUCUCCAGGCGACACGUCUGACGUUGACCGUCACGUCAUGAUCAUGUUUUAUCAUUGGUCUCACGUAUGUUCACGACG